ACGGCAUGAUCCGGCAUCGAUUUCAUAUUAAUAGAAAAAAAAAUGAAACUGCAUUAUGACGGUAAAGAAUGUAAUUAUCAAUAAUAAUUUUACGUUUUAAAACUGAAACAAAUGGAGAUUAAGCUGCAGUUAUUUGAACAAAGGGGUUUGGGGUGAGAGAAGUCAGACUAAAAAGAUGCCUGUUUCUAGUGAUAUAAACUUAACAUGGACAGUAAUGUUAAGCUGUAAUGAAUCCAAAAUACAACGUAGAGAAGAACAAAGAUUUAGAUCAAGGAUGGGCGUGGGUGAUUAUGGUAGCAGCAUGUGUUGCUGGUAUCAUAAACGGACUACUUAUCUACGGAGCUGGUGUUGUCCAUGUGGCUCUACUCCAGAGGUUUGAGGAAGACAAUGCAUACACAGCACUGAUUGGCUCUAUAUUUACAAGUCUCCUCUCUCUCAUAGGACCAUUAGCCAGUAUGCUCAUAAAUAUUUAUAGUUGUCGAAUAACGAUGAUAGUUGGAGGCAUUGUAAUGUUCAUUGGAUUUGUCUCAAGCUUUUUCACCUCUCACAAUUUGAAUUACAUACUAAUAACCUAUGGAAUUAUAGCAGGGACAGGUUUAGGUUUGUGUGCAACGCCUCCACUUGUAGUGAUUGGAUAUUUCUUCCAUCUUAAGCGUGGACUAGCAUUAGCUGUUGUAGUAAGCGGUGCAGGAAUUGGCAUGUUUAUUGCAGGUCCUCUUUUACAAGCAUUAAUUAACCAGUAUGGACUUCCGGGUGCAUUUCUAGUCUUAGGUGCUCUCUCCAGUAAUCAAAUCGUAAUUGGAACAUUAAUGCGUCCCUCCGACCUUGAAAACAAGCACAAAAAGGACAUGAAAAGGAAACGUGACAUGGAUAUGUUGACUUCAAAGAGCAAUAACAAUAUCUCAUACAAUUUAAAGAAUCUCCUCCAUUUCGACAUUUUAUCAGAUAUAUCAUUUAUGUUUUGCAGCCUUCAGUAUCUACUUUGGAAUGUACCAUUCUCCAUUUUGCUAUUACACUUAACAAAUUAUGCAGUUUUGCAAGGCUCCAGCAAAGAAAAUGCGGCAUUACUAAUAACAUACAUAGGAAUUAGUUCCGUCUUCGGUAGAAUCAUAACAGGGCUUUCAGUUGGCCAUAAUGGUCUAGAUCCAGUUAUGCUUAAUUUUGGAUUUAAUGGAAUAGUAGGUUUGUUGACAAUACUAUUUCCUCUAUAUUCCGGUACAUUCCAAGGUCAAACAAUUUUCACACUACUCUUUGGUUUAUAUUCUGGUGGUUUGACAACAAUGAUUAACCCACUAUGCAUGGAAUUAAUUGGUGUAUCCAAGCUGUCCAGUGGCAUAGGAACAAUGUAUUUCAUUGGUGGAGUUGGAUAUAUCAUAGGGCCUCCAAUUGCAGGAUUUGUCGUUGACAAUGGUGGUACAUACGAAGAUAGUUUUAUAUUGUGUGGUGUUUUAUUUCUCCUGGCAGCAGUUUUUACGUUGAUCUUAAACAACUGGAGAAUUCCAACAAAAGAGGUAGUUGUGGUAUCAUUAGAGAAUCUCAAAGAUCCUUCAUUUAGCAUAUGGAAUGAUGAACUGCAUCCUGACGUUGACAUAUCGGUUAAAAUAUUUCAAAAUCAUGUAUGUCAUUCGAAAGAAAUUAUAAGCGAAUACAGUGAUGUUGCUGAAAAAAAUGCCGAUGAAAGUGCUAAUGUUCAAGACAGUGUUGACAUAAAAUUGUUGUACGAAAAAUCCAGAAACAAUCUAGGAAAUGGUCAUACGGCAGUUGAUAUACCACCAAAUACAUCUGAUAAUGACCAUAUACUGCAACAGGAUCAUAGUACAGAUGAAUGUACCCCUAUUAAUGCUCAUUACAUUUAAGCGAAAAAUAACUUAUGUAUGUACUUGGUGAGCAAGAUGAAAAUCUCUGUGCUUUUUGUUAACGCAUAUAUUAAAGGUUUGAGAUUUUUUAAUCAACAUUUUCAUUAACUCGUUAUGAUUCCUAAACUUAGGAAAUACUUUUGUUUUUUUAGCGACUUUAGGUAUUCAACGUUUCAACUGUAAACCCUUCCAAAGCACAAACGUGUUCAGUGGGGUAUCGACUUGUCCCCUUUCAAACAUAUAUAAAAAAAAUAAUCCUGCUUGUUUUGAGCCUAUAUAAACCUGGUUGUAUUGUUAUCUAUUUAAUAUCGAUUCAAAUUUUAAAAUAUAUCAUUGCACUGAAUAUGCGAAUCUGAAUAAUAUAAAAAAAAAACAUGUAGGAUUGAAUCUCGAUGUAGAAGUGAGAUGAAUAUCUAUGCAUGACCAAUUCUGUGUUGCCGCUUUAUACAGUGUAUAAUAGAUUUGACCAAUUCUGUGUUGCCGCUUUAUACAAUUUAUUAUAGGCCUACUAUGGAAAAGCUUAAAUUGACAAAUGUGCGAAAAUCGUCUGGUAUAAGUCAUGAUUAGUAAAUAACAUUUGAAUCUCAGUGUGGAAUUGAGAUUAUUAACUAUGUAUGUAUUAACAAUGUAUGUCUUUUCAUACAAUGUCUAAUUGAUAUGACCAAUUAUGUAUUGCCUUUAUAUACAGGGUAUAAUUUAUAUGAUCAAUUAUUUUUUGUCUAAUUGAUAUGACAUAUUAUGUGUUUCCUCUUUAUACAGUGUAUAAUUAAUAUGACCAAUGUGGUGUUGCCUCUUUAUACUGUGUAUAAUUUAUAUGAAAAAUUAUGUUUUGCCUCUUUAAACAGUGUAUAAUUGAUAAGAACAAUUAUGUUUUCAUUCUUUAUAUUUUUGAACAUAAUAAUGCAUGUUUUAGAAGCAUUGUAUUAAAUAAAUAAAUUAAAUUCA